CUCCUUUUCCUUUGUUUUAUGCAGUACCAUGGCUGAGGCAAGACAGCCCAUUCACUUUCUAGAUGUUUGUAAUCAAAAAUUCUCAGAAUUCCUGUUCAACGCUGAACAUAAAUGCUUGGUGUGGUUGAGAGAAAUUGAGGAGGAAGCCAUGAAGAUAUUUGAUAGUAACAACUUCAGUACUGAACCAGAACUGAUGCCCAAAACACCAUCUCAGAAGAAGUAUCGAAAAAAGAAGCGGUCUUCAUUGUUUAAAGAUGAAAAUAAAGAACUAAUUAGAAAAAGAUUGUCUAGAGGACGUGGCAGUGUAAAGAUUGCCUCCUUUCAGAAGCUUUCUCCAAAAAGAGGAUUAAAUAACCUUGAUGUGGGGGACACAAUAUCCUUGCCAGAUAUUAUGACAAACUCUUCUAAAGGAAGUUCAGAAGUACAGAAUGACAAGAUAGCUAUGGAUCCAGUAGGUGGACCACUUGAUACUGGCUGCUGUAAAAAUGGUGAAGUAGGUGAACAAAGGAACGAGGGCAUGAAUGGAAUCUCUGAAAUUUUCACUGUGCAUUCAGAUGACCAUUUAGCCAAUGGAUCAAGGGUCACUGAGAUUGCCAUUAUGUCAGACAGUCCUGCCAUGGUAGUUCCAGACACCACUGAGUCAAUAAAGGCAGAAAAAAAUGGGGAUGCAUCAAGAUUACAAAGUAUACCCACUCCAAAAGGAUCUUUAGAUGGGAAGCACAAAUGUGGAGAAGAGAUUCCUCCCCAAGAAUUAGUUAAUAAUAACUUGGACCCAGAGGGAGAACUCUCCCAAGACCUGAAAGAAAGCACGGGUGCCUCCGCAGGGCUUUUGCCAGGCCAUUGUCCUCUAAAUAGACCACACAAAAAUCCAAGGAUCUCACUUGUGGAGAAAUAUUCACUAAGCAAUAAAAGAAAAAGCACAAUUCGAAAAUCCAUCAGCAGGACAAUUGCCAGGAAGCAAGCAGCUCAGGACUCAUCAUCCGCUUCGAGUCGAGUAAGCUGCCAUAGUUCCACUGAAGUAUUUAUGGAUGAUGAAAACAGCAAACAUGGGCCUUUGACACGGAAUGCUGAAUUAGGAGAGUCUCUGAACAAUCUACAAAAAGAGCCUUGUGCUCUGGAUGCAUCUAGUCUAAUUGUUAGUACCCCUGUGCACAACCCAGCACAACUUGAGAGGCAUCAAGAAAAGACUUGCAGUAAAGACAGACUUGAAACUAAAAUUACUGACUCCCAUAUCAAUAAUUCUGAAGAUUUAGCCAGGAACAACAGUCCCUAUGAACAAAUGCAGAAUAUCCGGAAGCAAAGUUAUAAACAAGCAGUGGAGGAUCUAUCUGCUCCUUCAUGCGCAGAAGACAGCAAUCCUAGUCCUAAUCAUAAAACCGCAUCCACUUCUGCAAAGAAACUACUGUCAACUUCUGGCCCAUCCAAGAUAAUACGACCUUUCAGAAACUUCUUUCAAACCAUGCAAAAGAAUCAACUUCUCAAAUGCCCUGCGUCUUCAGGGAACAAUGUCCCCAAACAUAGUACUCCUAGUAGAUCUGCCUCCAAGGAAAAGGAGCGCCAGCGUCUGGAGAGUCUUCGAAAAAAACAAGAAGCGGAGCAACAGAGAAAACAGAAAGUGGAGGAAGAAAAGAGACGUCGGUUGGAAGAGAUAAAAUUAAAGCGUGAAGAGCGACUCCGAAAGGCAUUGCAAGCUCGAGAACGGGUAGAGCAGAUGGAGGAAGAAAAAAAGAAGAGAAUGGAACAGAAGUUUUCUCAACUUGAUGAAAGAAAUGACAAGAUGCGAGAGGAGAAAACAGCAGAGGAAAAGGCAAAGAAAAAAAUAUCUAUCAAGAAAAUGGAAGCAGAAGUCCGAAAACAGAAACUGCUGCAAAUGGAAGAAGGGCCAAAACUUCAAGAACAUCCAGAAAAAUGGAGAACAAUUGGGGAAAUUAAGAAAAUGCUAGAAUACAAUAGUACAAGACAGGAGAAGGGGCACCACAGGCAGCAAGAUAAAGAGAAGCUGGGGAAAGUUCAGGAACUCACCAUAGUUAAAGAAGAGGAAGAAAAUCUAAAGGUAGAAAAGAAUCCUGCUCCACUGGCUCGGCUGCAGCAGGACAAGACAGCUGUGCAGGUGGAAGAUGUUCCUGCUGCAUGUAAGUGGCUGAAUAUAACUGCUCAGAAAUCUUAUAUUGGGAGCACCAACCAAGUGGAUGCCCAAGAUCUGAAAGAGACGAAGUCUCUGAAAGUCAAUCUGAAUGACUAUGGAAUGGAUCUGAAUAGUGACGACUCCACUGAUGAUGAAAGCCAGCCUCGCAAACCCAUCCCUUUGUGGGCCAAUGGGCUUCAACUUAAUGAAGCUGUUACAUACCAAUACUACAAUCCUCCAGAUAUCAACAGGUUAUUUGGUCUCAUACUGAGCCCCAAGCUAGAGGAUAUCUUCUACAAAAGUAAGCCAAGGUAUUUCAAGCGUACAAGUUCGGCUGUAUGGCAAUCCCCACCUCUUCCAGGUUCCAAACCAGCACUGCGGGCAUCCAACAGCAUGCAAAAAUACUGAAAAUGACCAUUUCUUGUCUAGCUAUAUCUGUGUUAACUGCAUCUGUAAAUCAUUUUAAUAUUUUAUAUAUUGUAUAAUAAAGGUUGAAAUGUUAUAUCUAUCUUCAGCUUUUCAGGUAACUAGGAUAAUUUGUUUCAUGUAUUUUGUCCCCAGGGGCUCAUUGUAUCUUCUAACAUUUUGUACAGAUGGAAAAAAAAAUUAACACUAAUCAUGAUCUGAUAUAUUGCUGGCUUGGUCUUCUCUCAUGAUGUUACCCAAUACUAAAAGGUUGUUAACACUGAGAACUGAUUGCUACACCAAUUGCAAGUGCUUCUACUAAGCCAUCUUGGAUUGUUUAUUUCUAUUUUUUAAUUCUGGUUUAUGCAUUCAGUACCCAAAGUUUUAUAAUUAGAUCAAUGCAAACAGAUUCUCUUCUCUAAAAGGAUAAGUUUUUUUAUUAUGUGACUUAUACAAGGGUGCACAGAUUCACAAUCAAAAAAUUAAAUACCAAAAAUGUUUACUUGUUUUCAAGAAAGACAGUUCAGGGACUUUACAUUUCAUGCUUACAGUUCUUGCCUUGACAAAAGGGUGCAGUAUAGAUAGUUAGUUGAAAUAGCCUGCAUCUAAUUUAUGAUCUCUGGCGGCUGCUAUAAGUUCCACUGUGCAAAGAGAUAGAAAGAGUUGGAGCGUUUGCUGCUAGCAUCUUGAUUUGUGGAGAUGUCUUAUUUUUUGCUCUUUUGGUAAUGAAGAGUUUUGCAUUUAGUGUUCUAAAUGUGGGGUAGCUUCUGCCCCCUGAGAUUUUAAUAA